AUGUUAUCCUCAUUCUACAGAAUGUCAAUCACUCCGCUGGUGAAAAAUGUGCUCACAGAUUCCAUUUCAGUGUUCGAGACCUCGAGAGCUCAGUUGAGUACAUUUUCGAAGGUCGGCUCUUCACCAGAGCGAAAUGCGCAACAGCAACAACCUGACUCAAAAUCGCAUCACAAGGCCAAGUCGGAUCAUCCGCUUCCUUCGUAUCCACCUGUCACCACAUCUAUUGGCUUUACCAGUCCUAAUCAGAUUGUCUCCAAACCGGAGGAUAUUUCGAACCAGAUAAACACCGGGGCUGGCCACUCAGAGUCGAUAUCUGUUCCAUUGAACAACGACUAUAUGACAGACCUAGCUCAAUUCAUUGGACCGAGCCAAUUGAACCCGAUCACACUACUCCCAGUCUCCCAACCCCCCACGUCUGUUUCAUCUGUCAUUGAAACUCCAUCGAACAUUACUAGUUCAAAUGUGAUCAUCCCAACCCGUCACGAUGAUAUCCAAAUAGACUAUCGCAAAUCGACUACCGGAUACCCUCGCACUGUACCGUUGGAACUGCGCGAACUGUUGGACACAGUGCUCACGAUGGCCCAGAACGUUCCGUCCAACGCAUCCUCGUUGAACAGCAAAUCACCAUGUUCCUGUUCCAACAAUAAUACACGAACUUCGCGACCCCCUGUGGGUUUGAUCACGCAAUUAUUAUGGCGUGCUAGAGCUCUGGACGAUCGGGGACCGUGGAUUUUGACUUUUACGAUGUGGUGGCUGAUGCAACAUUACUUCGGCAUUGGUAGUCGAUCGCAUCACGUUCGUUUACGUUGGUCCCAUCUCCGAUUGGUCACCGGAGUGAUAGAUCCCAUGACUAAUAGACCGUGUGAAGCUUUGGAAUAUGUAGGGCCGAUCGAAUUUACCACAUUGAAGGCACUGGCAUUACUCGAAUCUAACGGAUCUAGUGAACGUUCACCUGUCCGCCGAGUUUAUCCUUCUUCAGGCUGGGCAGAGGCGGAAAUUUACGUGGCGUCUGCGCUGGCCGCAGAAGCACCGGAUAAACGACCGCGUAUUCGCCCACUGGAUACCGGACCUGAUGUGCCAGGGAUCAUGGACCGUGAGGGACCGGAUUUUGUUGCUUUGUAUAAGGCGUUCAGUGCACAUCGUUCGGUGGUUUCACGUCAACCCGACUCUCCGUUUUACGUUCAACCGCUUCAUUGUAGGCCGUCACAGUGGCGUGACCCAAUCACCACACCUUGGUUCAGUUUGGAUGCUCUCGGCAAGAAUCGGAUCGGGGCUUUGAUGCGUAACAUUGUGGAUAAAGUGGUUCGUGUCAACCUGGUCCGUGUUGCUCGAGCCGCCANAGCCGCCACAAUGGCUGCCAAGCAAUCAUGUGUCGAUGUGAUUCGGCGUGCCGUGAUGGUUGCACCCACCCUGACCCAAACCACCUCAGAAUCAGUUAAUUCAUUAUCAGCUCCGGACUGUGUGGCCGAUCUGAUCGCUCGUCGACAAGUGUUGGUUAAUCGACUAGCGGACCUGCUAGGACUGAACCCGGCAGCAGUGACCGAAUCGGGUUGGUUGGACCAAUUGAACGCAUCCAUCGGAACCACGUUGAUCCCACUGAACACGCUACCCGUCCAGUCUGGAAAUUGGAUCGAAAUAGGGACUCCCAGACAGACUGGGGGAGCAACCCAAUCGACCAAACCACCCUGUAUUCCGACUGGAGCAUUUGUCAGUUUACCUUCUCAAUUUAGAGACGACGUAACCGAGCAACAACAACAAAAACACCGACAACAGCAGCAGCAACAACAACAAUCUCCUGUGGUUCGGAUUGUCACAGAACAUACAGGUACGGUUCUCAUUCAUUCUCCUGUCCUUACGAUGGAUUCUGCUUCACGAACCCCGACGCAGGUGGUUCUGUUAACGACCAACCCAAGUGAUGGUACUACCGUACCUGCUCCAUAUCUGGUGGUCCCUACCACAUCCAGUCAGACUGGAUUGAUUCUACUCCCGGCCACACCCAAACGUGAUAUCAAUCAUUACGCAUCGGUGACACCCGGUCCGAUGCUAACCAUUACCCCGACCGUGUCAUCGACCAUACAAACCACAGCCACCACUCCGUCCACACAGAAUGGUUCGAUUCUGAAGCCGGAUGGUCUGAUGACAAGCGGUCCAAUGUCGUUGACGCUGAAUCAACCGGCCGCCUAUUUGACUCACACAGCCAAUCAGGGCUCAGUUAAUCUAUUCGUAGUCCGUCCAAAUCCUGUGAGCACAGUCUCGACUGUGUCUAAUCUCGUGAGCAGUUGUACUGGUCUUCCUAGCGCGCAUUCUACGGAUUCCUCAGUAGUCCAUAUAGCACAAGGGAAAUCGGCCUUGAUUGAGAUGAACAAAGCUAAUGUGGAUUACUCGGUCCAGAAUCGGGCCACUUCAUUGUGUCAGACAGCGUAUGCGCGUAAUCCUUCAACUCAGUCAAACUCGGUUUCCGAUACAGCAAUACUAUACAACAACGCCAAAGAGCGCACAUCCGAUUUGAUCGCAUCGCACACUAUCAAGCUGGAAGAUCACACACCGUGUAGCUCUGAAACUCUCGAACCUGAUUACUCACAGUGUGCUUUAUAUGUUCAGGCAGUCGAAGAUGGUGACCAAUCUGUAAUGAUGAUGGCUCCAUCAAUUAGUGUGAAUUCUGUGCCACCCUCGUUUACUUCCAUCUCCGGCGAUACGGCACACCGCAGUAUUUACUCAUUGGGAUCCGGGACCGUGCCCACAGAUCCCAGUUGUGAUACUAUGCAAAUCUUCUCAUCCGAUUCGACCAUCCCACUGAUUGUAUCGCAAAACUGUUUCACCAUGAGCAACACAGGUGCACGGUACAUUGCCUCACCGCCCAGCACAUCUCUCCUACCUAGGAAACUGACUCCGAUAUCUGAAUCCUGGUCAUCUGUCGGUACGUUUCUGAACACUAUUCCCAUUUUUGCUACCCCUGCCAGUAGUAGUUCAACCUUGUCCACGGCAGUACCCACGACGGCUACACCAAGAACGAUGAUGACAUUACCUUCAUCAACAACACCGGAGCAUCAUUCAUAUACCGUGCAAUCUUCUACAACCGUAUCCUCAGGAGAUUCAGAUUAUCCCUCAGGUUGUGCCGUUUGGUGCGGGUAUCGGAACAAACCGGGCAUUUCGUCUGAUUCCUUGUUACCGUUAAGUGCGAUGACGUGCCACUUGAUACCACCGGAACCGGAACCUAAGCAUUUGCUCACACUACAAGAUGUAAUCGACCAAGCAUGGGCUUUUCACUACCGAGAUUUCUCCAACUAUGUGGAACAGUUAUUCGGUGCUGGUUUACUCAACACAAACAGUCCGUGGUGCUUGAAUUUCUCUGCAUGGUUUAUCAACUCCGUGGCAUUUGAGGUGGAAAACCGUGCGGAACAUGUGAAUUUACGUUGGGGUGAUUUUCGUCUCUGUCAGACAACUGACGGUAGGACGGAAUACCUAUAUUUUAUCAAUCGUGUCACCCAUCGGGCCUACUAUUUGGCCGCGUCGGACAACACCUCGUACAACUAUUCGAGGCCGAUCGACCCGAAUGACGCAGGAACAACUAACAACACUCGAGUUCCGAUUCGUAGUCCAUGUCCAGUAGCUGUUUUUAAGGCUUUGCGUGAUCAUCGUCCUCUUACUUGUUUAGAUCCUUAUUCGAAAUUCUAUUUACAAAAAUUGGACACUAUUAUCUAUCAGCCCACCCAUAUUCUCCUCGAACAGCCACGUUUCCCGAAGCCUUUGAGCGUGAAAAAGCAUUCCACGUCUGUUAAGUUGCCGUCGACCAUUCCACCUGAUCGAGACUGGUUUAUCGAACGUCCUUGGGGAAACUACCAACGUUUCAGUUGA